AUGUUUAGACAAUUGAAUAGACUACGCCAUUUCCACACAUUGGCUGUAUUGCAAUCUGACUUUUCACACGUUGUUAUUGGCGGAGGUGUCGUAGGUACAGCAAUAGCGGCCGAACUCCAAGAACAACCGGGAAAUGAAGUUUUAUUAAUUGAUAAAAAUGAACAAUUAGGAAUGGAAACUACGUCAAGAAAUUCAGAAGUUAUUCAUGCAGGGAUAUAUUAUCCUCCGAAUUCAUUAAAAUCCAAACUAUGCAUUGCUGGGAAAAACAAAAUCUAUGACGCUUGGGCAAAAGGUAAUUUCCAAGUUGCUUUGAAACAAUGUGGGAAAUGGGUGGUUGCUCAAACAGAUAAAGAGGCAGAAUACCUUGAAAAAAUAAACAAUAUAGCAAAAGAGGUUAGCGUCCCAGUAAAUUUUAUCUCACCAACAAAGGCAAAGGCAAAAUACCCUUUAAUUCGAGCCGAGACAGCUAUUCUUGAAAGUCCAACUACAGGAAUCAUAUCAUCUCAUGAUUACACUCUUUUCCAUCAAGCAAGAUUCGAGAGUAACAACGGGACUAUUGGACUCAAUACAGAAUUAACAGACUUGGAGUAUAAUAAAGGAACUUCAAACUAUACCUUACGAUUAGAAUCGGAUGCUGGUGAAAUGGAAUUGACAUCAGACAAUGUUGUCAAUGCAGCAGGACUAUAUGCUGCUCAAGUUUCAAACUUGUUGUUACCAAAGGAAAGACAAUAUCAAGGUUAUUUUGCCAAGGGAAAUUAUUUCAGUUAUCUGCCAACAACAUCGAUAGGCAAAAUAACCGAUGUGUUGAUAUAUCCUUGUCCAAAUCCUAAUGCUUCGUCUUUGGGCACACACUUGACGUUUGACCUAGGCGGUCAAUUGAGAUUUGGUCCUGAUUUAGAAUGGUUAGAUAUAAAAAGAGCCGAAGAUAUAGAUUAUACCCCAAAUCCACAAAACUUAAAAGAAGCGUAUAAGGCAAUCAAGACUUAUUUCCCGAGCAUCACUCUUGAUUCAUUGCAUCCUUCUUAUUCUGGAGUAAGACCAAAAAUUUAUUCAUUAGAAGAGAAUAUGAAAAAGUUUGCUGAUUUUGAAAUAAAACAAGAACCAGGAUACCCAGGGUUUGUUAAUCUUUUGGGUAUGGAAAGUCCUGGUUUAACAGCUUCAUGGGCAAUCGGAGAAUACGUUAAAGAUCUAUACCAUAAAUAA